GGGCGGGGCGCGCUGGAGGCGCGGGGCCGCCUGGGAGGCCGCGGCCAUGGCGUUCUCGGCGGAGGCGCUGCGGAAGCAGCUGGGCAAGUACAAGUUCAGAGACCUGACCGUAGAGGAAGUGACGGCUGUCAGCAGGGCGCACCCGAACUUCUGCUUCUCCAUGAACACUUACACCUUCAAGGAUGGAUCUCAGAAAGACCUCCUGAAUUUCAGUGGCACUGUCCCGGUGAAAUAUGGUAAUUCCUAUAAUAUACCCAUUCGUCUGUGGAUUUUGGACUCUCAUCCCUUUGCUCCUCCCAUUUGCUUCCUGAAGCCGACUGCCAACAUGGGCAUUGCAGUGGGGAAGCAUGUGGAUGCUCACGGCAGGAUUUAUUUGCCCUAUCUGCAGAACUGGAGCCAUCCUAAAUCAACUAUCAUUGGAUUAAUCAAGGAGAUGAUUGCAAAAUUUGAGGAGGAGCUGCCUUUGUAUUCAUUGUCGUCUUCCGAUGCAGACAGGCAAUCAGAACUUCUCUCCUACAUCGCAAGGAUUACUGAAGGAGAGACUGACAUAAAAUCAAAGAGUAAAAUGGAUGGAAUCAGAAACGGAGGCUGCUUUAACAAAGUUACUGUGGUUGGAGCUGGCGAUCUCGGCAUUGCAUGUGUGCUGGCAAUUGUAGCAAAGGGUGUUGCUGACAAGGUGGUUCUUCUGGAUCUUUCUGAAGGUGCAGCAAAAGGAGGAACCAUGGAUCUGGAGAUCUUUGCUUUGCCAAACGUAGAGAUCAGCAAAGAUUUUUCAUCUUCAACUGAUUCAAAAGUUGUAGUGCUUACAGUUAACUCCCUGGGUAAUGCUCAGACGUACCUGGAUGUCAUACAGAGCAAUGUGGAUUUGUUCAGAGGAAUUAUCCCAGCAAUAUCGCACUACAGUCAGAACUCCAUGCUGCUUGUUGCUUCUCAGCCAGUUGAAAUAAUGACAUACGUGUCAUGGAAGCUGAGUGCAUUUCCCAAAAGCAGAGUUAUUGGAGUAGGUGGCAAUCUGGAUACUGAGAGAUUUCAGUACAUACUCACAAAGCUUUUGCAAGCAGAGACGCUGGGAAAGGAUGCUUGGAUUGUUGGUGAACAAGGGGAAGACAAAGUACCAUCGUGGACCAGCUCUAAGUCGGUUACAAAUGAAACAGAAACAAUGGCUGCUCGUAACUCCAGGGAAAAGGUGGCUAACAGAGCUGUGGAAGUUCUCAAGGGAAAAGGUCAGAGAUCCUGGUCUGUUGGGCUCUCAGUUGCUGAUUUAACUGACAGUAUCCUGAAAGAUAAAAGGAAGGUUCAUUCUGUAUCCACUCUGGCAAAGGGAUUUUGCAAUAUAAAUAGUGAAGUAUUCUUAAGCCUUCCGUGUAUUCUUGGAACCAGUGGAGUGAUUGAAACGGUCGUGCUAGAAGAAGAUCAGCUGGUGCAAGAGAAACUGCAAAGCAGUGCAGGAUCAAUUCAUGACCUUCAGCAGCAGCUGAAACUUAUAAGUACAGAGACCUAACUAUACAGGAGACAAACAGCGUCAUUUCUCAGUACAAGGACCUCAAACCUGUUAUGGAUUCAUAUG